AUGAACGACCCAAACUUCAUGACAGGUUCGCCGAAUGUAUUGCCUAAUUGUUCAAAGUUCUCGUUAUUCGAGUUUACAUCAUCUUAUAUGAACAAGGAUAUGAUUUCACAAGGCAAUAUUCCAAAUUGGAAUGUUAAAAAUCACUUUGUACCUGAUAUAAUGACUACACAAUCAUCAUCACCUUCGUUUUCGGAUAAGCUAGCUCCAAUCAUCACCACUUCAAACCUUUCAUCAUCAUCAACGAAUGGAACAUCAGGAAGAAGAUCGAUUCGAUCAAAUCCAAUUAUAUCAUCUCCUUUGGCCAUUGGUCCUUCGAUUUCACAUACAUUGAAGCCAGCAAUAAGUCCAAACCUUAAACCUAGAUUACCUGGUGUUUCACCAGAUGAAGUUGCUGAACAAUUAGCCAAUAAAUCAAAUUAUCAUAGUAUUAUGGAGGGGACAGCUGAGUCUCUAGGUAUUUUAUAUCCAUCGGGCGUAAAUUCGAUUUUAACUCGACGUUUAACAUGUAGGGUAGCUGAACAAAAGCGUAGGGAUUCGUUGAAACAAAGUUUUGAUGAAUUGAAAAAAAUUUUACCUAUGCCGAGUUACGAUGAUGGUAAAAAUCCUGAUGAUGUCACAUCCAUAAAAAAUGUUAGCAAAUUGUUUUUAUUAAAGAGAGACAAAAGAAAGUGA